CUUAAUUUGCUUCUAUUCAUCUACCAAGUAUCACUACCAGGUCGCCGUGAAGACGUUCACAAUUUUCAUAGGCGCCUCAGCCACCACACCACCACCACCAUGGUACUGGUACUCCUAGUAGACAAUCUAUUUCUCAUUUGGCAUGAUACUUCUGCACACAUCCGCCUCUUCUUACUUUUUCUGUGCGUUACCACUGCAAUCACCCUGUACCUCAUGAACGGUUCGCGCACCGUAUAUCUUGUUGAUUAUGCCUGCUUCCGGCCUAAUGCCAACCACCGCAUCAGCAAGGCCGCAUGGAUUGAGAACAUUCACCACUCCCAGUCUGACAACAACGACGACGACAACCAUCGGUUCUUGACCCGUAUUUCUGAACGGUCAGGCCUUGGCGAUGAGACCUACCUCCCGCCUCCCCACCACUAUAUCCCACCGCAUUAUUCUUUAAGCGAAGCUCGUGCAGAAGCGGAACUGUCCAUCUUCACGGCCAUAGAUGAUCUGCUAGCGAAGACAUCUAUCAACCUUGAUGCAAUUUCCAUACUCAUCGUGAACUGCAGCAUUUUCAAUCCAACUCCGUCGCUCGCUGACAUGAUCAUGAGAAGAUACAAGCUUCGAGAUGAUAUAUGCAACGUGCAACUCUCUGGGAUGGGCUGCAGCGCAGGCCUCAUCGCGGUGGGUCUUGCGAAGGACCUCUUGCAGACCGCUCCCUCCGACGCGCAUGCCUUGGUUGUGUCCACGGAGAUUAUGAAUAGGACCUACUACACUGGGAGGAAGCGUGAAAUGCAAGUGUUCAACAUGUUGUUCCGCAUGGGUGGCUCCGCGGUGCUCCUCUCAACCUCGGGUACCAAAGCUCGUUUUCAGCUCGCGCACGUGAUUCGGACAUGCACCGGGUACCAAGACAAUGCAUACCAAUGUGUGUUCCAUGAGGAAGAUGACAAGGGGAAUCUUGGUCUCAAUUUAUCCAAGAACCUUGUGGACGUUGCUGGCAAGGCUCUCAGGGCUAACAUCAUCACGGUUGGACCUCUUAUUCUUCCUUUGUCAGUCAAGAUUGCAAUUUUUCUCUCAUACAUUUCAGGGAAGGUGCUAAAUGGAACCGCCAAGCCAUAUGUGCCCGAUUUCCGCACAGCUUUCGACCAUUUGUGCGUCCAUGCGGGUGGACGAGCGGUGAUUGAUGCAGUGCAACGUAGCCUCGGUCUGCUAGAUGAGCAUGUUGAGCCAUCAAGGAUGACACUUCACAGGUUUGGGAACACAUCGAGUAGCUCGGUAUGGUAUGAGCUGGCCUACAGUGAGGCCAAGGGUCGAAUGACGAAGGGGGACCGAGUUUGGAUGAUUGGGUUUGGCUCAGGAUACAAGUGUAACAGUGCGGUGUUGAAGUGCGUCCAGCCAGCAAACAAUGCUGAUAAGGCAUGGCAAGAUUGCAUAUAUCGCUACCCAAUGGAUGUUCCUAAGGAGGUGUAGAGUAUGGCCUCGGUUAAAUGGCAGGCGGCCAAGAAACAUACUCCAAUAUUGUUCAUGUUUUUUUCUAAAUAGAGGCUUUAAUUAUCACCCUUCGAAUUAUGUAUUGUGGAUACUGCAUACAACCAGUGUCAUAAUGUUGAUUAUGUACAGGGCCGUCUCCAAGAAUUUGGGGGCCCGGGGCGAAAUGCAAAUAAAAUUUUAAUUUUUUGUAUA